AUGGACGCAGACGAGUUUAGAAAAGCAGCACAUGCGGCCAUUGAAGAAAUCAUUGCAUUCAACCAGAACAUCGCCGAGUACCCUGUUCUUCCAGCCGUGAAGCCGGGAUUCCUCGCACCCCAGUUACCCAAGUCUGCACCCGAGAAGUCGGAGCCAUGGUCGAAGAUCCAACCGGACAUUGCUUCCAAAAUCGUGCCCGGCCUCACACAUUGGCAAUCUCCGAAAUUCAUGGCCUUCUUCCCUGCCGGAGUGACCUACCCAUCGAUGCUGGGAGAGCUGUAUUCGGCCGCGUUCACAGCGCCGGCAUUCAACUGGCUCUGCAGCCCUGCAUGUACGGAGCUGGAGACUGUAGUGAUGGAUUGGCUAGCUCAAGCCUUUGACCUGCCCAAAGAGUUUCUCAGCUCAUCGCCAUCCGGCGGCGGAGGAACCAUUCAGGGCUCAGCGUCCGAAGCCGUCGUCACUUGCAUGGUAGCUGCACGCGAACGAUAUCUCCACGCAAAGUGCGACGCCGAAGGUCUUGCCCCGGACUCCCAAGAACGAGACGAUCGAAUCGCCUAUCUUCGUGGCCGCCUCGUGGCCCUGUCGUCUGACCAGGCGCACUCCUCGACGCAAAAGGGUGCCUUGAUUGCCGGCACACGGUAUCGUUCCAUUCCCGCCAAACUUGAAAACCAGCUAUCACUACAAGCAGCGGAGCUCGAAGCCGCGCUCUCCCAGUGCGAGGCGGAUGGGUUAGAGCCUUACUACAUCACGUUGACACUAGGGACCACGUCUACAUGUGCCGUCGACGAUUUCGCAGGGCUGGCGCCGGUCCUGAAACGCCAUCCUAAUCUCUGGGUCCAUAUCGACGCAGCUUACGCUGGAGCUGCGCUGAUCUGUCCGGAGUUGUCAUCCAAGUACUCUUCACUGAUGAUCAUCGCCGACUCAUUCAACAUGAACAUGCACAAAUGGCUGCUCGUCAAUUUCGACGCGUCGUGCCUGUUCGUUCAGAACAGGAACCAUCUGACACGAGCGCUUUCCAUAUCAGCGGCAUAUUACGCCAACAAACACACCGACAGCGGUCUUGUGACCGAUUACCGAGACUGGCAGAUCCCACUGGGCCGACGGUUCCGGGCACUGAAGAUCUGGUUCGUGAUGCGCUCUUACGGUCUUGAAGGAAUGCAGAAGCAUAUCAGGAACAGCGUGAGGAUUGGCGAGGUCUUCGCCGACCUCGUCCGUGGCAGAUGCGAUCUAUUUGAGCUUGUCACGGAGCCCUCGUUCGGUCUGACUUGUUUCCGGAUCAAGCCUUCCAUUUUAGGGUCCGGAGGGGCCGCAGAGACGGAUGCUGAUUUCAUACCGCAGACUGCGGCCGAUCAGCAGGUUGAGCAAGAAGCCAAUGCGGUGACGAAGCACAUCGGUGACUUGAUCAAUGAGCGCGGCGAGGUCUUCCUUACCUGCAGCAGCUCGGCGUGCAAGUCGUUCAUCCGUGUUGUCAGCGGGAAUCCACAUGCUGAGGAAAAGUAUGUGCGAGCUGCUUUUGACGUUAUUGUCAAGACUACCGAAGAGGUGCUGGCAGGUCGAAAGUCGGCUUAG